CUCUCUCUCUCUCUCUCUCUCUCAGCGUUCUUUGAAGUUUCCCCAAGCUCGCAGCUCCAAAAUUGAUACGUCGUGAUUAAUCGAUCGAUCAAUCGAUCGCUGACUUAUUGAAAUUUAGAGGAGAUCCAGAGUUUUAUUGUGUCGAAUUAAUCAUGUUUACUCGGAUUUUUGGCAAACCUAAGCAAGAGACCAAUGCUCUUGCGACUUUGGAUAAGUUGAACGAGACACUUGAGAUGCUUGAGAAGAAGGAGAAAGUACUUCAAAAGAAGGCUUCUGCGGAGAUUGAAAGGGCCAAGGAGUUUACAAAGGCAAAGAACAAGAAGGCUGCUAUACAAUGUUUGAAGAGGAAGAGGCUCUAUGAACAGCAAAUUGAGAAUCUUGGUAAUUUCCAAUUGCGCAUCCAUGAUCAGAUGAUUAUGUUAGAAGGUGCAAAAGCAACAACUGAAACUGUGGACGCAUUGAGAACUGGAUCAGCUGCAAUGAAGGCAAUGCAGAAAGCCACGAAUAUUGAUGAUUUAGACAAGACAAUGGAUGAAAUAAGUGAACAGACUGAGAACAUGAGACAGAUACAGGAAGCAUUGGCUACUCCUAUUGGUUCCACAGCUGAUUUUGAUGAGGAUGAGUUGGAGGCAGAACUCGAAGAAUUGGAAGGUGCUGAGUUGGAAGAAGAGCUCCUUCAACCUGCUACGACAGCUCCUGUGGCUCCAGUGCACGUUCCAGCUGGCAGGCAACCAGCUCGGCCUGCUCCCCAGAGGCGCACAGCUGAGGAAGAUGAGCUUGCUGCAUUACAGGCAGAAAUGGCACUUUAAGCAGGUCCCUUUUCUUUGUGUACUUGCUAUCUAUCGUUAUGUCAGUGUGGCAUCUAAGCUGUAGUAAUGUAUGUAUGAGUGCAAAAGCUGAGUAGUCAUUUGACUGAUUGGUUCCAAUUCGUCGGUGUACAUUAGUUGACGUUGUUUGUUCAAGUGAUAAGAGAUGAAAUCUCACUUGUAUGCAGUUCACACUGUUGCUGUAUUGCCUAUAUUCCAUUUUGUUUCCGAUGUAAAACAUGUUAUAUGCUGAAAACCAUUAAGCUCUUUUCCCG